UUUCACUUCAUUUCUUUCUAAAUUCUUUACAUGAAACCUUUUAGCCUUAAAAACUCUUGUGCAUGUUCUUAACCUUAUGUAUUGAGACUUAAACGUCUUCUUGCUGUUCACCAUCUCACAUUCCAUUCUUCUACAAUGGCCGAAGUUGGUGGUGUGCUUCCAACACAGACAAAGUUGAAACAUCCGAUCUUUGUUUUCUUCAAAGAUCUUAGGCUUGUCCUCAAGCUGGACUCCCUCGGAAAGGAAAUACUUUUUAUUGCUGCACCUGCAGCCAUGGCAUUAGCUGCUGAUCCAAUAGCUUCCUUAAUUGAUACGGCAUUCAUUGGUCAUAUAGGUCCAGUUGAAAUCGCUGCUGUUGGAGUAGCUAUUUCCAUUUUCAAUCAAGUAUCAAAAGUAGCCAUCUUCCCACUUGUUAGUAUUACCACUUCCUUUGUGGCUGAAGAAGAGACUAUUGAAAGAAUAUCUAAAAAGGAAGGAAAAGAAUUCGUCCAUAAUGACCCCAAACUCGAAAAUUUGGAAAAGGGUCGUCCAACACAAAAUGACGAGAAAAAAGAGUUGGAAACAGAAGAUGAUUUCCAAGAAAGUCAAGGCAAGCAUACAACGGUUACUGGGAGCAUUACAAAUAAGUCGAAGCUUAAAAACCAAAAGCGAAAUAUUCCUUCGGCUUCAACUGCACUGCUAUUUGGUGCAGCGCUCGGUCUUCUUGAAACGAUAUUUCUUGUACUUUUAGCAGAACCAUUUUUGAGUUUGAUGGGUGUGAAAUCUGGUUCUCCAAUGUUGUUAUCUGCACAUAAGUAUUUAACUCUACGUUCACUUGGAGCUCCAGCAGUUCUUCUUUCUUUGGCUAUGCAAGGUAUCUUCCGUGGUUUCAAGGACACUAAGACUCCUUUAUAUGCCACUGUGGUAGGUGAUGUGGCAAACAUAAUAUUGGAUCCGAUUCUCAUCUUUGUAUGCGAUUUGGGAGUUAGUGGUGCAGCGAUUGCACAUGUUCUUUCCCAGUACUUAAUAGCAGUCAUAUUGUUAGUUAAACUCAUGCAACAAGUUGACCUACUUCCUCCAAGUCUUAAGGCUUUGCAAUUCAGUCGGUUUCUUAAAAAUGGUUUUUAUUUGUUGUUUAAGGUAAUAGCAGCAACAGUUUGUGUGACUUUAGCUGCAUCAUUAGCUGCAAGAUUAGGUGCAACGACUAUGGCUGCAUUUCAAAUAUGCUUACAAGUGUGGUUAACAUCUUCACUUAUUUCUGAUGGUUUAGCGGUUGCUGGACAGGCGAUAAUUGCUUCAUCGUUUGCUGAAAAGAACUAUGAGAAGGCAACAGCAGCAGCAGUUCGAGUGUUACAGUUGGGAUUCGUGAUGGGUCUGGGAAUGGCUCUUCUUGUUGGAAUCGGGUUGCAAUUUGGUUCUGGGGUGUUUACGAAAGAUAUAAAUGUUAAACACAUCAUUGCGAUAGGUGUCCCGUUCGUUGCUGGCACACAACCAAUCAACUCGAUUGCAUUCGUGUUUGAUGGAGUUAACUUUGGUGUAUCCGAUUUUGCUUAUUCUGCAUAUUCCAUGAUCCUUGUGGCUGUAGGAAGCAUCGGAUCAUUGCUUGCUCUAUACAAUGUUGCUGGUUUUGUCGGAAUAUGGAUUGCGCUAUCCAUUUUCAUGUGCUUACGUGUGAUUGUAGGCAUAUGGAGGAUGGGAACAGGAACAGGUCCAUGGUCCUUUCUUAGAAACUAGAAGACGUUUUAUAUGUGUGAUUGUGUGUAACUUAUAAUAAGGGAAUUUUGUGUACUACUUUUGUUUCCAGCAUUUGAUACCUGUAUUCAGAUCUUUCCAUUUCAUUUAUUGUCGGCUUGUAUUUAAUUUAUGCUAUCCGGCUAGCUAGUGUUUUCAUAAUGUAUUUGGGUUAUUG